AUGAGCAACCGCACAGGGGACGGAGUCGAGAAUCUUGACGUAAAGGCAGACAUAUCAGAAUUGGAGUAUGUGAAGGUCAAUGCCCCCGGAAAUGCUGGCCAGACUUUCAGCAUCGAGGAUGAGAACCGCGUCUACCGCAAACUCGACUGGAAUCUGAUGCCCCUGAUCUUCGUUCUAUAUAGCCUUUCCGUUCUUGACCAUUCGAACCUGGGAAAUGCGAAGAUUGCAGGCAUGGAAGAUGAUAUAGACUUGAGCGGGAGGCGGUAUGAUUGGCUUGCUACCGCUUUCUAUAUAGCAUACAUUCUGUCGCAGUGGACGACCAUCGGUUGGAAAGCGUUCCCGCCACACCGGUGGGUAGCUGUCACUGUUUUCUUAUGGGGAUUUAUCUCGACUAUUCAGUCAGCAUGUACAAACUGGGCCGGCCUGAUGAUCUGCCGAGUCUUUCUGGGAAUAAUUGAGGCCAUGUAUGGACCAGGAGUGCCCUUGUAUCUCUCCUACUUUUAUCCGCGUGAGAAACUCGGCCUCCGGACUGGCAUAUUCUUAUCAGGAGCCGCUCUAGCAAACGCAUAUGGGAGUGCCCUGGCGUAUGGAAUUUCCCAGGCCAAAGGGUCAAUCGGACCAUGGAGGAUCCUAUUCAUCGUGGAAGGUGUGCCGUCAUGCCUUCUGGCCAUGGUUGCUUGGUUUUGUCUGCCUGAUUCACCCAAGACAGCCAAGUUUCUUGAUGAACGGGAGCAAGAAAUUGCGGUUGCACUCUCCCUACGACAACCUGGGGAUCGAGAAACCCAUGGUCUGCAGUUGAAGCAAGUGCUGGGAUCCUUGCUUGAUUAUACGAGCUACCCCCCAGCACUAAUGUACUUUGGAUGCAAUGUGUGCUUCGCCUCACUCCCAUUAUUCGUGCCGACCAUCAUCUCCGAAAUGGGGGCUUUCACAACUAUCCAAUCAAACGGUCUCAGCGCACCUCCAUAUGUUCUAUGCUGGAUAGCCAUUGUUGUCUGCGCAUUUCUGUCGGAUCGCGUCAACUUGCGGGGGCCCUUCAUCGUGGGUGGCGCACUCAUAGCUGCCAUCGGAUACAUUGUGCUAGCUACGCAGACCACGGUGGCAGUCAGGUACUUUGGCCUGUUCCUGGCGACCCAGGUCUUUGUGUCCGUAGCUCUCAUUCUCACUUGGGUCGGUAAUACACACGCCACGGACUCCAAGCGCGCCGGAGCCUUUGCCAUCCUGGCUACUGGCGGCCAAUGCGGUCCGAUCCUAGGGACGAAUGUCUUUCCCGACAGUGACAAACCAUACUAUCGCAAGGGGAUGUGGAUCUCGUGUGGCGCAUGCCUGAUCGUGGUGAUUAUGGGAUGUUGGCAGAUGUAUCUGCUAUGGCGGGCGAAUCGGCAUCUGGAUAGGGAGUAUGAGCAAGAUGGGGGCGAUUUGAGUGGCAACCAGUCUGAGGGGAAGAACGAAGCUGACAAGCCAUUUCGGUAUAUUUUAUGA